UUAACCUAUUUUAAUAUCAAUCUUUAAUGUCGAGGAUCGAGUGACGUCUGCUAUUUGUCAUAUUUUGUAUUUGCUUUAUUAUAUUUUUUAUUUCAUUUAUUCGAUUCAAAAAAUGUUAAAGUCUACUGCAAAAUGUCUUUUAAAUAUGAAGAUAAUUUUGGCGAGUGGUUCACCCCGAAGACGAGAGAUCAUUCAGAGUUUGGGCUUUGUUGUCGAUGUUAAACCGUCUUCAUUUGAUGAAAAUCUAAAUAGAAGUGAUUAUAACAAUUAUGGGGACUUUGUAACUGAUCUUGCUGCACAUAAAGUUAAUGACAUCUUCGACAAAUUAUCUGCGGAAGAACUGAAAAGCAGCAUUCUUUGCAUUGGAGCUGACACCAUUGUAACCAAAGGUGAAAAACUGUAUGGCAAGCCCAAAAAUAAAGAAGAUGCAUUUGAUAUGUUAUCAGAUCUUUCAGGAUCAACUCAUACUGUAUAUACUGGAGUUUUUAUCAAAACCGUGGAAAAAGAAAUAAAGUUUUGGGAAUCCACUGAAGUAACAUUUGGAAAUAUCACAACUGAACAAAUACAUGCUUACAUUGAAACUGGAGAAUAUACCGAUAAGGCUGGAGGAUAUGGAAUUCAAGGUACUGGUGGAUGUUUAGUUGAAAAAAUAAAUGGAGACUAUUAUACAGUUGUCGGACUGCCACUUUAUUCAUUGAUAAAACAUUUGAAUGACUUCUUGUCUGAAGCUUGAUACAGUGAGUACACAAGUGUAGACUUUAAUUAAGGUGGACAUAAGAUUACUGGUUGUGUGAUUUGUGGUUUAACACGUACACAUUGUGAUAAAUAUUGCUUAGCUAAUCAUUGAAUACUAGAGAAAUCACACGACACUAAAUUGUUUCACACAUGAUUACUAAAACAAGCUUAAAUCUAAAUUAGUAUAGCAUAUAUUUUUAUAUGAGUCUAUUUAUAUCUAUAUAAUACUUUUAUCAAUUCUUUUUGCAAAAUAAUUUAAUUG